GACACUGAGACGUGUGGUUUGAGGAGGGGGGGACCGAGGUUUUCUUUGGUCCUGGGGCGUGGUCUGUGGGCAACCGCAGCAUUGCGGGAACAGCAUAUUUGAUGGGGACGUGACGGGAAGUGUGGGGACCCCACCCGUGAAGGAUUGGUGACAUGUAGUGAGGGAAUCGUAAAUCUUAGUGGUGAUGGAAUGACCGAGACAGCAGGGGGCUCCCCAAGUUUUGGUGCGGGCUGGACUCCACAAGAAUUCCCAAAGACUGUCAGGGUCUGUGAAAAGAUUCCUAUUUUUUCUAUGUGUCUAUAUUUUAAAGAAGGAAUUUAUUGUGGAAAUGCAUUAUCCAGCUUGAAUAAAUAAGAGUAUAAAAUUUAACAUUUUUUCUUUAUUUCUAUGAAGAAGAAGCUGGGCUUGAAAAUGGAGAUGUAUGAAAGCCUUGGAAAAGUGGGAGAGGGAAGUUAUGGAACAGUUAUGAAGUGUAAACAUAAGGAAACUGGGCAGAUAGUGGCCAUUAAGAUAUUUUAUGAGAAACCGGAAAAAUCUGUCAACAAAAUUGCAACAAGAGAAAUAAAGUUUCUGAAGCAAUUUCGUCAUGAAAACCUGGUCAAUCUGAUUGAAGUUUUUAGACAGAAAAAGAAAAUUCAUUUGGUGUUUGAAUUUAUUGACCACACAGUAUUAGAUGAGUUACAACAUUAUUGUCAUGGACUAGAGAGUAAACGACUUAGAAAAUACCUCUUCCAGAUCCUCCGAGCGAUUGAAUAUCUUCACGAUAAUAAUAUCAUUCAUCGAGAUAUAAAACCUGAGAAUAUUUUAGUAUCCCAGUCAGGAAUUACUAAACUCUGUGAUUUUGGUUUUGCACGAACGCUAGCAGCUCCUGGAGACAUUUAUACAGACUAUGUAGCCACACGCUGGUAUAGAGCUCCAGAAUUAGUAUUAAAAGAUACCUCUUACGGAAAACCUGUGGAUAUCUGGGCUUUGGGCUGUAUGAUCAUUGAGAUGGCCACUGGAAAUCCCUAUCUUCCUAGCAGCUCUGAUUUGGAUUUACUUCAUAAAAUUGUUUUAAAAGUAGGCAAUUUGACACCUCAUUUGCAGAAUAUCUUUUCCAAUAAUCCCAUUUUUGCUGGAGUGGUCCUUCCUCAAGUUCAACACCCCAAAAAUGCAAGGAAAAAAUAUCCAAAGCUAAAUGGAUUGUUGGCAGAUAUAGUUCAUGCUUGUUUACAAAUUGAUCCUGCUGAGAGGAUAUCGUCUACUGAACUUUUGCAUCAUGAGUAUUUUACAAGAGAUGGAUUUGUUGAAAAAUUCAUACCGGAACUGAGAGCUAAAUUACUACAAGAAGCAAAAGUCAAUUCAUUCAUAAAGCCAAAAGAGAAUUCUAAAGCAAAUGAACUUAUGAAAAAUGAACGAAAAACAAUUUAUACCAAUACAUUGCUAAGUACUUCAGUUUUGGGAAAGGAAAUGGAAAAAGAGAAAAAGCCCAAGGAGAUCAAAGUCAGAGUUAUUAAAGUCAAAGGAGGAAAAGGAGAUAUCUUAGAAUCGAAAAAGAUGGAGUGUGAAGGUAGACAUUGUCAGCAGGAGGCAACUGAAAAUGCUCAUACCAUGUCUCAAGAUGCAAACCCUAUAAUCAAUGAAUCACCAAACCCUGUCAAUCCCAGCACUAACUCUAACGGCAUGAAAGACAGUCCACAUGCUGGAGGUAGUAUGAUGAUGCCACCCAUCAAUUUAACUAGCAGUAAUUUGAUGGCUUUAAAUACCAAUUCAAAACUUUCCCACUCCAAUUCAAGGUCAACUGAAAGAGCGAAAAAGAGACGCACGUCUUUACAGUCUAUUGGACAAGUUGUGUCUAAUAGCAGGCAAGAGGAUACAGGUUCCACUCAAAGCCAAAUGGAGAAGGGCGUAUUUAAUGAGCAAAUGGGUCAAAGUGACCAAAUGGCAAAUAGAAACAAAAGGAAGCUUAAUUUUUCCAGAUCUGACAGGAAAGAGUUCCAUUUCCCAGAACUGCCUUUCACAAUACAUUCAAAGGAGAUGAAAAGAAUGGAAGUUAAACAGAUAAAAGUGCUGAAGAGGGAAUCGAAGAAAACAGAUUCAUCUAAAAUACCAACUUUACUUAAUGUGGAUCAAAAUCAAGAGAAACAAGAGGAGCCUGAGCUGCCACAGCAGGCAGAGCUGCUGACUCCGGAUUCACAUGGAGUAGAAGCCACCUCAGACCUUUUUAAAGGGAACAUCAACAAGCCAAUGAUGUGAGUUAGUGAUGUCUAGGAUAUAGGAAUGAGGAUCUAACAAGAGACACUGUGGGAACAGGCAGGCUUGAGGACCCUGAAGGGACGAUGAAUUUCUGGUGCAAGGGAUGGAAGGAGGUGAAGCCAUGAUGGAGCCAACUGAGAAGAAUAAGUCAGGCCCCACUGGAUGGUGGAUUCCUCGUUCUGGGUGAACAAGCCAGGCUGUUUGUGAAUCUCUGGAUCCUUCGUAUCAUCUCCAGGUUUUAACUUGUAAUCCUCUUUCUGAAUGCUAAGCUUAUGUUAUGGUUUUUAUGUCACAGGCCCACUAAUGGUCAAUAUUCUCCAGACCCUGAUGUUUGUUAAUGCACACGACUGAUUUGUACUUUUGUUCCUCUGCAUUGUUUCAAAGCCCACCUCCUUGCUUACUGACAAUUGCACACAAUAAUGAUAACAACUAUGGUAUUCAGUGUGGCUCACAUUGUUGCAUGAUUGGCUAUUAUCCACCCUUAUUAUAAGUACUGAAGCUUAGUUCUAACUUCACGAGUACAAUCCAGAAACAUAGUAAUAGUUUGACUUCUGGGAUCAUCUUUCUUCCAGAAAUCUCGUGAAAAUGCCAUUGAUUUUUUUCCUAAAAAAUAAAAUUGUCUUCUGUCUCCUUAUAGAAGUUCUUGUGAUUAUCCUCAUUUGACAGCUGAGAAAACAGCAUGAAAAUAGCGCUUUCUUUAUACCUUAGGUGUUUCACUUAGCUCCACAUUCAGUUAUUUUAGGAGGGUUUAGAUGUAUCUGAAUGGUCACUAAGAAUUUCUGAUGGAUUUUAAACCUGACCUGUUUAAAGGAGUUGUCCUAGAUGGUUGAAUCCAAGCCUGUCCAGGUGACCUUGAAUGAGGAUUGUCAGUUCUUCUAUUUGUCUAUCACAGGAUGCUCACCAAGGGGCAAAGGGAGGAUGGUUCAGUGCCAGAUGUCCACCAUUUGUGGCAAAGCCGCUCAGAGCUGCUGCCUUGUGGAUAUGAGGCCAGUCACUUUACCUGUGUCCUGUGACAGCAACGUAAAGGGAAAAGAUGUUUCUCUGUCAUCUCCACAACGAUGUGAGCGAGUGAAAUGCCUAGGCCCUUUGCCUUGCUGAAGAGGUGCCUUUUCUAAUGUGCAUAAAGACACCAUAUGGGCGAGAAGUUGUCUAAAGAGAUUGCCACGCAAGUCCAAAAUAGGUCACGCAUGAGGCUGCUCAUGGCAGCAUUGUUUUGGGUAGUAGAAAGUUGGAAGCACAAGGGGUGCCCAUUACUGGGGAACAGAGAGGCCAAAUGUGUUGGGUGCACAUAGUGGGGUACUCUGCAGCAGUCAGCAAUGAUGGACUGGAUGAGCACGUAGCAACAUGGAUAGGUCUUAAAAACAAAGUAUGGAGUGGAAAAGUAAGACAGAAUGAGAUCUAUAACACAAUGCUGUUGAUGCAAACCAGACAACAACAUACACUCCACAUGAAUAUAUACAAGCCAAAAAAUAUAAUUAAACACAUUAGAAUGGUUGCUUGUGGUGGCGGAAGGACAGGAGUGAGGAGUGGGAAUAGGAGGAAAUACAUGCACCCAUGCAUAAAACAAAGGAGCAGCCUUGUAUGGACCAACUAUAGUAUAAUGUGCCAGGAACUGAAAAGUGUGAUUAAUUUAACACUCCACACCUGAGGCCUAAUAAGAACUAUAUGUAUAUAUUAAGUGCCCUGAGCCUUGCCAAUUGAGGCUUUCCUCAGUCCAGCUGUUGACCACCAGUAUGGCUUGAUCAGCAUGAUCACAGCUUUUUAAUAAUCUCAUUGACAGAGAUUUAUAUCUAGACUUGAGUGAACUGCCCUGUAAUAUGCCUGCCUUUAUCAAACUCAAGGAUGUCUGAUGCUAUCCUGGUCCUUAAAAUCCUUGGAAAUUAUCUUGCUUUAUCUAUAUUAUUUUCUUGAUAGCCAUAAACAGACACAAAAGCAUUUACUUCCCUGGGGAUUUGAUCAAAGUAUAAAAGCUAUGUUAAUGAAAAGUAGGGACUGCAAAGAAGGAAAGAAAACCCUCAAUUCAUCCCAUCCCACAUGCUCUUCUGAGACUUUGUCCCUGCCCCUGUAAAGGUGGAGUCGGAUUCCACUCUCCUUGAGUCUGAGUGAGCUUGUGAAUUGCUGGCAACCAACAGAACACAGCAAAAGCGAUAAUGUAAUUUCUGAAGUUAGGACAUAAAACGUGAUACAGCAUCCACCUUGUAAGCUGGAACACUUGCACUUGGAGCCCUAAGCUGCCAUGUAAGAAGUCUGACUAUCCUGAGCCCACCAUGCUGUGAGGAAGCCAUGGAGAGGCCAUGUGUAGUGCUCUGUUCUGCUGUCCUAGUUUUUGAGUGCUCCAGACACCAGACAUCAGAUAUGUGAUUAAACAAGUCUUAGUUGCGUGUAGCUCCCAGUCGUGAACUUAUCACGAGACUUUGAAUCUUCCCAGCUGAGGCCCCAGACAGGUUGGAGCAGAGAGAAGCCAGCCCCACUGUGUACUUUUUGAAUUCCUGCCACAUAGAAUCCAUGAGCACAAUAAACUGGAGCUUGUUUUAUGCCACUAAGUCUGGGAUGGUUUGUUAUACAGCAAUGGUAACUAAAAGACCCAUUAUCCACACCACCACCAAAAAGGAGGGCUAUAAAAAAGGGAGAAACUGUUAUAAAUAAAAUUUUUUUUAAAUUAUAAACUAAAAGAGAUAGAAAAGAUAUAUCAACAAAUACAAAUGACAUUGUUUGGCUCCUGAUUAGAAUAAACCAUUACAGAAAGACACUUAAGAAAAUCAGGGCAAUUUGACUUCUGACUGGAUACUAGAUGAUAUUAAGGAAUUGUUAAUUUUUAAGAUGUGAUACAGUGGUUAUUGAUAAAAGAGUCCUUAAUUAUUACAGAUACAUAGAGAAUAUUUAAAUAUGAAAGUAUCUGUGAUUUGUUCUAAAUUGGCUGUAAAAUGGAGAUGGGAGAAGGGUGGAGUACAGAUAAAACAAGAUUGCCAUGUGUUGAUAAUUGUUGAAACCAGGUGAUAGGUACGUGGAGGUUUAUUAUAUUAUUAUCUCUACUUUUGUGCAUAUUUGAAACUCUCUAUAAGAAAAAAUUUGACAGAAGAGAGAGUAGAGUGACUUACUUGUCCUCCGUCCCAUUCUUUCAAGUCAUAGGUAUGUGCUAACAGGUGCCAAUGGUUUAAAUAGAUUGCUCCUUUUAUAAACAUGACCUCUAUGUACUCUUGCAGGCUUCUUGAGACCCAGGACCCUGCACCAAUGUGGGGAUUUCAGGCAAAGAAACGGACUAGCAGAGGAAAGCAUACUCUUAGGCAAAUGUUUUAGGCACUCCUCAAAUCAGUAUAAUUCUUAGUGGCUAGAAUUCCCCUUCAAGGUAGAAUUCUGCUCCCUGACAAUACCUAGUCCAGCACUAGGUACACACAGGGGCAUCCAUAAAUUUCUGGAGAAUUGAUUUGAAUUAAGAAACCUGAUUGUUCAGGAUUAAUUCUUCAGCUUCCUCUGAAGCUCAGGUAGUGUUCAGUUUUGAACCUUGAACUAUAUUUGUCAGCAGAAAGAUAGGCAAAUAGGCUGCAUGUUGCUAUGCAGACAGUGUAUUUUGGAAGGUCCUCUGUUUGGUUGUGGGUUCUCUCCCUUGAAGAAAGACUGUUAACUCAUGCUGCAGCCUGCUGCUCUCUUCUUGGUUUUGUCUAUGUCACUAAGCCCAAAAUAGAAAGUUCUUUUACUGCAGAGCAGGGAAAGAGGUUUAAAUUUAUCAAGUCAAAUAACAAAGGGUAGCCUUAUACUGGCUUUUCCCGGGUAGGGGAGAAAUAAUGCCUGCUUCAUCAAGGAGAAGGAGUGAUCUGACACUGGCAGGGGCUGGGACCAGGAGACAAGCUUACACUGUGAUGAGUU